ACCACAUGAGUAAGAGUGUUCUCAUACUGUUUUACUUCCUGGGUGAGCUAGCUUUGCUUAUUUCUAUUUGUUAACUAGGCCUUUUGAUAUUUUUGUAGACAAUCUGCUUCAUCUUGAUUCUGCAGCAUUCCAAACUGUGGUAUCCUUGGGGUUCUCUUAACAUUGCUAUGGUGCAGAAGAUUUAAAAUCAGCUGAUGUUCACAAGGAAUAGAGUCACGUGAUGUAUGAAGGGAAACAUAUACACUUCUCUGAGGUUGACAAUAAGCCCUUGUGCUCAUAUAGCCCCAAACUGUGCAAGCAGCGGCGACUCAACGGCUACGCUUUCUGUAUCAGACACGUUCUGGAGGAUAAGACUGCCCCCUUCAAGCAAUGUGAAUAUGUGGCCAAGUAUAACAGCCAACGCUGCACCAACCCCAUCCCCAAAUCAGAGGAUCGCAGGUACUGCAACAGCCACUUGCAGGUACUUGGCUUUAUCCCGAAAAAAGAGAGGAAGAAAAAGAAUGAUCCUAUAGAAGAGGUGAAGGUCAGGCACCAGAUGGAUACCAUGGCCUUCAGCCUGACGGUGCCCACGUUGGCCUUGAAGAUGCCCAACGGACUGGAUGGAAUGUCCCUUUCUCCACCUGGGGCAAGGGUCCCUCUCCACUACUUGGAAACUGAGUUGGAAGACCCGUUUGCUUUCAACGAGGAAGACGAUGACCUAAAGAAAGGGGCAACUGUGAGAAAGAAGUUGCAGAGCAAGUUGGCUCAGAAUCGGCAGCGCCAGCGAGAGACAGAGAUUUUAAAAGUUCGACAAGAGCACUUUAGUCCCCCUCCUGCACCUUCACAGCAGCAGCCUCCGCAGCAGCACUCCCACCUGUCACCUUUAUCCACUUCUUUAAAACCUCCAGCGCCACCGCAGGGUUCGGUCUGCAAGUCACCUCAACCUCAGAACACCAGCCUACCAAUGCAGGGAGUGGCCCCCACCACACACACUAUAGCACAAGUACGGCAGUCGUCCCACAAGAGGCCCCUGCCCCUCCUGCCAUCCAGUAGGGCUCCCGCCGUGGACCCACCCCGGACUGACCGGGUCCUUAUGAAAGCCACAGCCUUCUCUCCACACUUCUCUUGUAUAAGUCGACUGCAGAGACUGGUGAAACUGUGCACCCAGAAACAUCAGUUGGACACUGAUCUCUUUCCGCAUUUAGGGUUGGACUGGUCCGAAGAGAGUGGAGAGGAACCAGAGGACUCAGAGCAGGCCUCGCCGUACCAGGUUGCAUGGUCCAUCCGAGAAACCCUCAGAUAUGAAAGACACAUGUCAGAUGAUGAUGAUACGGAGAGCAGGAGCUCCAGGGUGACCCAACUUUGCACUUACUUUCAGCAGAAAUAUAAGCACCUCUGCCGCCUGGAGCGGGCAGAAUCUCGUCAAAAGAAAUGCCGGCAUUCGUUUAGGAAAGCUUUACUGCAGGCGGCCAGUAAGGAGCCGGAAUGUACUGGUCAGCUAAUACAAGAACUGCGGAGAGCCGCGUGCAGCCGAACCAGCAUAAGCCGGGCCAAGUUAAGGGAAGCGGAGCCAGCCGUUUGCUGCGGAACCGUGAAGGGUGAGCAGUGCACUAACAAAGCCCUGCCGUUCACCAGACACUGUUUCCAACAUAUCCUCUUGUACCGCUCUCAGCAGCUCUUCUCAAGCUGCACAGCCAAGUUUGCGGACGGGCAGCAGUGCUCCGUGCCAGUUUUUGACAUCACUCAUCAGACACCUCUGUGUGAAGAACAUGCCAAAAAAAUGGAUAAUUUCUUGAGAGGAGAUAACUCCCGUAAAGUUCAGCACCAGCAGCAGAGGAAACCCAGGAAAAAAACCAAGCCUCCUGCACUUACCAAAAAACACAAGAAGAAGAGAAGGCGUGGCCCUCGCCGACCCCAAAAACCCAUCCCCCCUGCAGUCCCCCAAGGGAACCUCAGCAUGCCCACCAGCGUCUCACUGCCAGUGGAGGCCUCGCAGAUCCGGAGCCCGUCCACACCAGAGCUGAGUGCCGACGAGUUGCCGGAUGACAUCGCCAAUGAGAUCACUGACAUUCCACACGACUUGGAACUGAACCAGGAGGACUUCUCUGACGUCCUGCCACGGCUACCUGAUGACCUACAAGAUUUUGAUUUUUUUGAAGGAAAGAAUGGAGACCUCCUUCCCACUACUGAAGAGGCUGAGGAGCUUGAACGGGCCCUGCAGGCUGUAACUUCUCUCGAGUGCCUGAGUACCAUUGGGGUACUUACCCAGUCAGAUGGUGUGCCAGUCCAGGAGUUGUCAGAUAGAGGAAUAGGGGUGUUCUCCACAGGCACUGGAGCUUCUGGAAUCCAGUCCUUGAGCCGAGAGGUAAACACGGACCUAGGGGAGCUGUUGAAUGGGCGUAUAGUACAUGAUAAUUUUUCUAGUCUAGAGCUGGAUGAGAACCUGCUCCGUUCUGCUACCUUGUCUAACCCACCUACACCCCUGGCAGGGCAGAUCCAGGGGCAGUUCUCUGCCCCAGCCAACGUUGGCCUUACUUCUGCCACUCUGAUCAGCCAGAGUGCACUUGGGGAGAGAGCCUUCCCAGGACAGUUUCAUGGACUUCAUGAUGGCAGCCAUGCCUCCCAGAGGCCACAUCCUGCCCAGCUGCUGAGCAAGGCAGAUGACCUAAUCACCUCACGACAGCAAUACAGCAGUGAUCAUUCACACUCCUCGCCCCAUGGAAGCCAUUAUGAUAGUGAGCAUGUGCCGUCUCCCUACAGUGACCAUAUCACCUCUCCCCAUACGACAUCUUACUCUGGUGAUAAUAUGGCAGCUACCUUUUCAGCAGAGAUGCCCAUCAUGGCGCAGCACUUGCUCCCCACGCAACUUGAGGUGCCACUUGGAGGAGUGGUAAACCCCAGAACUCACUGGGGAAAUCUCCCCGUCAACCUCGGAGAUCCCUCUCCAUUCAGCAACCUUCUCGGCGCAGAUGGACAUCUUCUUUCCACUUCCCUAUCCACACCACCCACCACUUCGAACUCAGAGACCACACAGCCUGCCUUCGCCACCGUGACCCCCAGCAGCUCCAGUGUGCUUCCGGGGUUACCGCAGACCAGCUUCAGUGGCAUGGGGCCUUCUGCUGAACUAAUGGCCUCCACCUCUCCCAAGCAGCAACUCCCUCAGUUCAGCGCAGCCUUCGGCCACCAGCUGAGUUCUCACAGUGGCAUUCCUAAGGACCUGCAGCCCAGCCACAGCUCGAUAGCCCCUCCUACAGGCUUCACAGUAACAGGUGCCACAGCUACAAGUACCAAUAAUGCAUCUUCUCCCUUCCCCUCCCCUAACUGAGCGUGUCUGUGUGUUUGCAGGCAGGUGGGGAACCCGGUGUUUUCUAUCUUUGUUUCCUCCUUAGCAUCCUUCUCCCCUUUUCCUCAAGAAGAUUUUAAAAAUAACAGAUGGGGAUUUGAGGGGCACCCCUUUCCCAGUUCAACAAGUGGCCCUGCAGUGGACCUUGCUUCAGUGUUCACGUGUGCUCCUUAGCACUGGUGCUCAUUUCCCUCCGGGCGGGUCCACUCGGCCCCAGUGGUUUCCUUAGUGGUUCAGCACAGAGACUGGAUAGGAUGGAUUUUUAGCAGCAAGUCCUAGAAGUGGAAGAUACCUCAGAUUACCAGUGCCCUUUACUAUUUCCUAGUAUUCAGAUCAAUGCUUUCCAUUCUGUUGCCAGGUUCUUACACAGGUGGUUCCAGUUAGAAUGAGCCUAUUACUAUUGAGUUCCUGUGUAAGAGAUAGCAAAUGGUGUGUAGAGACAGGUCAAGGCUCUGACUUAAACCAACUGCUAAACACCACAGUGAGGUCAGGGUUCCAUUCCUAAUUGUGAUCAUGUUUAACAAAAAAGGAAAAAGAAUUGUCUUUUGACUGCCCUGUAAGUAUGUGUGUGCCCACAUGUGUGUUUUUGUGCAGUGCAAGCAGCAGCUGCCCAUUGGUUUGGGUUUUUGCGUUUUUGGUUUGUUUUCCCCUGUACCAAGUGUUUUCCUCCUUUCUACAUUGUAGCCCUGGUAAGGUUGGCUAUUCUUUCCCACUAAAUCAGCUGAAGUGUCCUGAACAGGGAGGGAAUAGCACAACCCCUUUCUGCUAAAAGUUAGCCCAAGAAGAAAUGAAACAUAAAAAGUAAAUUCAAAUGAGUGGCGUGGGCAUGUCAUCAAAAGCUUGCCUGGAGUGUGGCUCCAGGGUUGCUGAGGUUUGGGGACCUGGCGGCCACUUUGCCUUUUUCAGGUACACAUUUGUUUCUAAAUCCCUCUGUCAUGAAAUACAUUUGCAAGAUGUAAUGGAAAAAAAAAGAUUUUGAUGUGAAAGAGCAGGAUAGAUGAGAUAGAUUUGAAAAGAUGGGAAUCUGUGAAUUCCCUGAUCCAUCUUUUGCUUUGGAAUUUUUCAUGUUUACAGUAGUGAUUCUUUGGUAAGAUUUGUAAAAUGUUGAAGACACUUGUAGAAUCCGUGUACCAGUUGUGAAGUGGUGUGUAAUAUCUGAAGGAUACACAUUUUAAAGUUUCUGUUUCAAAGCAGAAUAUGGGAAUUAGACAUAAAUUUUACCCACCCUUCGGUACUUCUAAAAUAAUUUAAGUAAUUACGAUUAAGUAAAUUUGGGAAUUGUUUUGGGAUUUUUUUCUUUUGAAAGUUUCAGGAUUUUAUGAUUAAAAAUCAUAUUGGGUAGUUUAGAAAGUUGGUGACCAUGAAAUGAAUAUGUGAGGUCUCUUCUUGCCUGCCUUUUCUUCCUCCCACAGAGGGAUUGUAAAGGCAUCUCUACUCUGCUUUUACUGAGAAGUUUCACUGUCCCUUGAGAUACCAUUGGCUAUUUAUACCUGAGUCUAGUCUAAUUUACAUAUAUAUAUUUUAAAAGAUCCAUAGAGAGAACAUAUCUAUUAAUGUUGUGGUACAAUAAUUCAUUUGUCAGGGAAUAUUUGAUCUUAAUUCCUUUCUAAUAGGUAAAGAUUUGGAUGUAUUUUCCUACUUCCUGUACACAUUCUCUUUAUGCCAUGCUAGUUCUAACCAGUCCCUUCUUUUGAAAGCUUUUCUUUCUCUGCUUUUUAAAGGAAUGAUGGUGAUCAGCAGGCAUUAUGCAGAUACCACGUGCCUGAGAUUAUGGAGGGGAAAUGUCUCAUGACUGUAUGAAAUCAUUGUAUGCCCUAUUUUGUAUUUAUUGAAGUUUCUUUUUGUGGGCCAAAAAUAUGUUUGUAAUAUAUUUAGGGUUUUGGUUUUUUUUUUUAAAUCAUGGUAGCUGAUUGGAAGAUUUAUUUUUAAUAGCUUUGCCUUUUAUGCAGAUUGAGAAAUUUCUAAAUUAUGAAUUAUGUCACAAAGCAAAAUUAUAUUUGGUAUCACCAUACAUUUCUAUUCUCAAUGGUGGGAGCAGAUCAUUUGCAUAUUCUCACCUGGGAACCUACAUUAGUAAGCUUUUUAAUUUUAAUGUACUGUAAUGAAAUGAUUAUGAGUAGUUACCUCUGCUCAAAAGUGUCACUUAGUUUCCUAAACUAUUUUCGUGUCCCAUUAUAGUCAUCACUAGAUAACUGUCCAUUCCCAGCGAUUCGGUUUAGUCUCCGUGGUGUAAUUAAAGGUCAUAGCAGAGCAGCGUGUGGACUUUCUUUGACAGUGAGGGGAAAGUCAUGGGUAGUGGAUUUGAACGUUUCUGGCUGUGUAUCCCUCCUGUGAGCUGCUGAAAAUUCUUCAGUUAUCACAACUGAGUUUGCAGUAAGUUGCACAUUUUAUUGUUUGCAAUUUUCUGUUUUCUGUGCAUUUAAAAGCCCUUCUCUGCUUUCUAGUAAGGAGGCAUGAAAUGAUCAGGAAUGUUGCCAGUUACAGCUUCACACCAAAAACUUUGAGUGGAUUUGUUUUUAUGUAGGUGCCCAUUAUGAUAGCUGAAGAAAGGGCUGUCUUAGAAAGUUCCUGGGUAGGGUUGAGAGAUGAGCAAAAACAAACUUUCCUUCUCAUUUAAUGUACUUCAGAACUAAUAUCCAGGCUUGCAGUUUGCUUUGCUCUUGCUGUUUCUUGUGAGUCCUUUUUCAGAAGAGAGAAGAACAUCUCUAAGCCCAGAGAUAAUCUAUUUACUUUUCUUCUAAUUAAUGGAGCAAUUCUAGUCUAUUAGCAGUAGGUGUGUUAUUAAUAUGUGAAGAAAGAAAUGAAGUGUCUUUUAUUCCAGAAAUAUGAAAAUUCGCGUCUUUUAAAAUAGCACUUACGCUGUCCUAAGGCAAUACUGGAAUCACAAACCAACCUUAGAGAGGUCCUAAUUAGGAGGACACUAUCAAUAGCUUUUAUCCCAGUGUUAAACACAUACGUAGUGACAAAGAAGGUUCGCUCUGUUUCUGCAGUUCUUUGGGACCAUUGAUAAAGGCCAGUUCGAUUGUGUUACUGUGAUUUAAUUUUUGAAGUUGCUGCAGUUAAUGGAUCCAUUCUGUGCUUUUGAGAAUCUGAACUCCAUUCUCACGUGUGAUACUCACUGGCUGUUAUCUGUAGCAUCUGAAGAAAAGAUGGGCUUUCUCUCCUUCCCUCUCCCUAAGUAAUUGUUAAUAUUAUUUUAAUUAAAGUACUUAAAACAUUGUUUUUGCUCUGUAAAAAUGGCAUAGCAAUUUGCACAUCUGGUUAGGUUAUGUAGCUAGUAAACAAUUCAUGAUAGUAAAUAGCAAUUACACUUAACCCACCAAGUGACAGACUAUGCAAUGGAAAAUUUUCUAAUUAUCGUCGCAUAGCUUAUACAGCAAAGGAUUAUUUUCUCUAGAAACCUACCGUGUGUGAGAUAACUGCUUUAUAAAUAACUUCCUGAGCAAUUUCAUGGUGGCAGGCAGUGUGGUGUGUCUAGUGUCCUUCUAUGAAAAGAUAAUUUAGUAAGAAGCAAAUAGUAGAUAUGGAACUCAAGUUGGAAAGUUUUUUUUAAGUUUCCUUAAAAUUGGUAUUACUGUCUGUAGUGGCUUUAAAGCUAAAGAAAGCUAAUACUUUAUCUUUGCCAAAUAAUUAUUUAUAAGAUUUAUUUCUUACGUAGCCCAAUCUCUCAGCUGAAUGUUAAGAAUCAUCAUUUUCUAUGACUAACAUGAAAGCUUUUUCUUCUGCCUCAAUCCGUGAUCAAAAUCCACAGUGACAAAGAUAGUUUUUGAUUAGGAAGGAAACCAGGUCCAGAUACAUACAGACGCCCUGUCUAUACAGAUUUUUUUGUUUUGUAACAUAAAAGGUUUGAAAUUGCUGUUGACCUAUACUAUUCUGUUUUUAUCAGUUGGCAUCAGAACAUGCCCGUUUGCAGGUCAGUCCCUUAGUCCCUUGGUGUCAGCUGGCCAGUACUCACUCACCCACAGUCCUGCGGGUGCCCUUUGCAUCUUGGGGUGCUGAUGCUGGUUGAGGGGUUUCAUCAGGAGCGUUUCUGAGAGACUGUUAGCCUUUUCUCCAAGUUAGUUCAAAAGGUUGUUGUGGAUUGGUGGUGUAAAAAGAUGAGGAUAUUAACACUAAUCUAAUUAUUGAAUAGGUUUGACAUUUAAUUUUAAAAUGUUAGGUGUCUAGUUUUCAGUUUCUUCUCUUUCUGACUUUUAAAAAUUCUGUUUAAAUUCUAUUCUUAAUCUCGUGCUAAGUGGUCAGCAGAACUUUCCAGUUUAAUGAGGCAAUUUAGAGGAUUCCUUGGAAGAAAAUGUAGUUAUACUGAACAGUCCUCAUUUAUAGCUCUUUCAUCACCAAUGUCUACGUUGUUCCAAGGAUUUUUUUUUUUCUGACAAAAAAAUAUUUCUUGUGAGGAAGGGCCUUAUGUAUAUGAAAGAACAUAGAGUUUUUUCUUACUCUGAGUAAGUUGGAAAUCACUAUCAUUUCAGUAGAAAAGUAAAGCAAUUUAAUGGUUUCUUAGUAUCUUGACCUUCAUAAGCUUUCCUAUAUCAUAUUCUGGAGGGAACCAAAAUCAUGUUUAGUAAAUCAAAGUAACAUCUUAAAUCCUAUCUUUUAAAAAAAUGUGUAAUGAAAUACCAGUGAAGAAGGUACCUGGAUUAUCUGCUAAGCAUUUUCUCCUGAAGACACCCAGAGUUCCCCUUGGAAAACUUUUCAGCGUGCAGUGCGGAAGGCUCCAGUGCAGCUAAAAAUGCCACCCCCAUUGCUUUUACCUGGGGAACAGACUGAUUUGCCCUGAAAUGACUCCCACCUGCACCGUUGAGUUAGGAAAGAAAAUGUAAAACACACAUGAAUAUUUAUGUCUCUUUUAUUAACCAGUAUCAUUAAUGCUGCAGUUGUGGGUCAAACUUAGGGAUCCUUAUUUCUAAAUAAUGAAAACACUUUUCGUGACUCCAGCUCUUAAUCUUUUAGCAUCUGCAUCUCUGUACUGUCUUACAGAGCUUAUAAAAGGAGAUGUGGGGUUUCAGAGAGCGCAAGCCAACUUGGUAUGACUGUCCCCCGUGUUCCCAAAUAAUGGGGGAGAGUGUUGUGCUAAUUUGAAUUGCAGUGUUUUUGGUGAUCUGAAGUUUUGUCUGGAAAACAAUUAUAAGAGAAACAUCUCUCUAACCCUUAGUAGGUGUGGAGAGUCGUGCAGCUUUCCUUCCUCCCUUCCUCUGCCCACCAGCCCAGCCUCGCCCAGCCCUGCCCAGCCCUGCCCAGCCCUGCCCAGCCCUGCCCAGCCCUGCCCAGUCCUGCCCAGUCCUGCCCAGUCCUGCCCAGCCCCGAGGUUUGCAUAUACGGGGCACGUGAUCUGAACUGAUCCUGGCCCCGAAGAGUAAUAGAAUCCUCCUCUUUCACUCGUUUUGUUUUUGUUUGGUUUUGUUUUUAAGCUGGGGACCACUGAAGUAAGCUCUGUAGACACCCAGAGUUCCCCUUGGAAAACUUUUCAGCGUGCAGUGCGGAAGGCUCCAGUGCAGCUAAAAAUGCCACCCCAUUGCUUUUACGUGGGGAACAGACUGAUUUGCCCUGAAAUGACUCCCACCUGCAUCGUUAAGGUACAGUUGCCUCCAGCUGGUUAGCGCUGAAAUCAUGGAAAGUUUGACACUUGCUGACGUUGUCUUCACCUGUUUGAAAGGGUUGACUCAGUUCCUCUCAACAGUGAUAGUUCUUUUCACUGUAUAGUAUUGAGUAUGUCUCAGGGAUUCCUUGUGGAAAUUAGGGCAGUUUUUAAAAUAAGAAAAUAGUUUUAAAAGAAACUAAAGGUGACUCAUCAUUGAAGAGAGCGCAAGAAAGAGAAAAACAUUUGAUUUCGUAGCCCACAGUGUCUUGCAUAGGACUUUUUCCUUUCUCCUUCAGGCUCUCAUCUCAGCUUCAGCAUACAGACUCCCUUCCCAUCAUGCACAGCUUUAAACUUUUAUUUAAAAACUUCCUCCCCCAAUGAGCUUUCAGAAUACUUAU